AUGCUGGCCCUGCUGCUGCUGCCCCUGCUGUGGGAGGGGUCCCUGCAGGUGGACACAGAGCUCAAGGUACAAGUGCAGGAUUCGGUGACCGUGCAGGAGGGCCUGUGCACUGUCGUGCCCUGUUUCUUCUCCUUCUGGAGUCGGUGGUCUUCCUCUCCCCCACGCUACAUCCACUGGUUCCAGGCUAGGGACAGCCCAUACUUUGAUGCUGCUGUGGCCACGAGCAACCCAGACAAAUACGUGAAGGCACAGACCAAGGGCCGAUUCCUCCUCCUUGGAAAUACCAGGAACAGAAACUGCUCCCUAAGCAUCAAAAAUGCCAAGAUAGAGGACACAGGGACUUACUUCUUGAAUGUGGAGAAAGAAAAUGGUAUAAGAUAUAAUUCUGAAGAGAGGCUGAAUCUGCAGGUGACAGCCCUCACGGAGAAACCCGCCAUCCGCUUUCUGGAGCCUCUGGAGUCUGGCCACCCUACACAGCUGAACUGUAGCCUGCCGGGAUCCUGCCCAGGAGGACGACCUCUCAGUUUCUCCUGGACAGGAGGUGCCCUUCAGUCCUUGGACCCUGGGACCCUUCACUCCUCGGCCAUCACCCUCACCCCAAGGCCCCAGGACCACGGCACCAAUCUCACCUGUCAGGUGAAACUCCAAAACUCUCAUGUGACCACAGAGAGAACUGUCCAGCUCAAUGUCACCUAUGCUCCACAGAACCUCACCAUCAGCGUCCUCGGAAAUGGCACAGCCCUGAAAGUCAUGAAUGACAAUGUGUCCCUGCUGGUACAGGAGGGCCAGUCCCUGAACCUGGUCUGUGUGGCUGACAGCAACCCUCCUGCCGGGAUGUACUGGUCCUGGGAGGAAAAAUCCCUGAAUCCCUCCCAGGUCUCAGAGUCAGCGACUCUGGAGCUGCCCCACAUAGGGGCUGGAGAUGGAGGGGCAUUCACCUGCCAGGCUCAGCACCCGCUGGGCUCCCAGCACCUUUCCUUGAGCCUCUCUGUGCAGAGAAGCCCCUCUGGCUGUGGAUGUGUGACUGAGGAGCAGGAGGGCUCCUGGGCGCUGCUCAUCACCCUGAUCAGGGGGGCCCUCAUGGGGGCUGGCUUCCUCCUCACCUAUGGCCUCACCUGGAUCUACUACACCAGGUGUGCAGAGCCCCAGGGAAGCAGCACUAGGAGGCAUGACUGAGUUCAUCCUUCUCAAGACAAAACUGAGAUGUGGACACCAAGCCCAGAAGCACAGACGCAAGAACAUCACUGUCAGCUUCUUUCUGGAAACUCACAUCCCACUGACUGCCCCUAGUUCCCUGCCUGCCCACACCCCACCUGCUAUUCCCCACCCCAAGCCUGAUCACCCCCAUUCCUUUCCCUCCCACUCUUCUUCCUCUCUAUCCCCAGCCCUGGGUAAGGAGUGAACUUUGAGUCUUAUCCUCCUGUUACCCUACAGUGACCUUCUGAGCACUUGAGUUUUUUGUCUCCUUAGCUUCUGUCAGCAUAGAUGCGGAUGCCCAGUGGAGUCAUGGAUGUGGCUUUUCUUUUUUAUUUAAAGACUCUACCUUAUUAUAAUCAUUAUAAUAUCUGACAGCAACAUUUUA